AUGCGAUCACAAGCAAUCCGUGCCGUCACUCCUCUUAGGCAACGCGUCCUAGCCCAACCUACCCUAUCCCUCCGCCUCCAUUCUACCUCGUCUCGAACGAGUCCUCGUCUGACUCCCGGAGCCAAGGCGCUCAGAGCUGCACCGACAAUCCCGUUUUUGGGCGCUCUCUUCAGUUCAAAAAGCAACGCCGAGGAAUCUGGAGCCAUGUCAUACCCCGAUCAGCGAAGUGAGGAUCAAUGGAGAGCUGUUUUGAGCCCUGAGCAGUUCCGUAUACUCCGUGAGAAGGGCACCGAGCGCCCUGGAACAGGAGAGUACGAUUCCCAUUACCCGUCCAAGGGCGUGUAUACUUGCGCUGGCUGCAAUGCCCCUCUCUACACGGCCGACCACAAAUUCAAGUCCGGCUGUGGCUGGCCAGCCUACUUCGACUCCAUCCCUGGCGCUGUGAAGCGACAUGUGGACAACACCCUUGGCAUGAAGCGCACAGAGAUUGUCUGCAGCAACUGCGGUGGCCAUCUUGGCCAUGUCUUUGAGGGCGAAGGGUUCCCCACCCCCACGGAUGAAAGACAUUGCGUGAACAGCGUUAGUCUGCGGUUUACUGAGGAUGCGGAUGCAGCAGCAAAGGGUUCAAAUGAGAAGGCCAAGGCGUGA